AUGCUGCUCCAGAAGCACGCUGCUCCGGAAGCAUGUUGCACGCGUUCCCGAAGCCCCACAGUCAUGGACCAGGGCAGGACACCCGGAGAGGUUUUAGUAUUUAUCGAAAACAUUCGUGAAAUAUUUUAUGACAAACAUGUACGCCUAUUUGUACAAGACGAAAAAGAAGUAGAAGACUUGAACACGAGAUAUAAUAUAGACGAGGCUAUUAAUGAUAAGAUAACAUGGGCUGAAAAAUGGAUGAACUCUGAUGAAUUGUUUGGAGUAAGACUUGUGGCUUUUGCCAUUGUAGAAGGCUUAUUUUUUACAGGCUCUUUCGCGGCAAUAUUCUACUUAAAACACUUAGGCUUGAUGAAUAGUCUAGCUCGAGGAAACGAACUUGUAGCAAGAGACGAACAAUUGCAUUUUGAGUUUGCAUGUUAUUUACACCAUAAGAUACCUUCUGAAUUAAAAGCAUCAGAAGAUGAUAUAUUAAAAAUAACCAAAGAAGCUUAUGAUAUAGAAGAAAAAUUCUAUACUAAAUCAUUAAACGUAAAUAUAAUUGGAAUGAAAAAAGAUGAUAUGCAACAGCAUAUUCAGUAUACACCAAACAAUGUUUUAGAAUCUUUAAAUUGUAAAAAACUUUUUAAUGUCAAAACACCAUUUGAUUUCAUGGAAAACAUGAAGCUUAAUAGAAAGACAAACUGUUUUGAAAGAAAACCUGCAGAAUAUCUUAAAGUUCAGCGCAAAGAGCUUAAUUUCAAUGACUUAUAA